AUGUUCAGGGUCCAGCUCCUAGUUUCAAUUUCAGCAUUAAUUGCAGUCUGUGCUGCAGGAAAUGUCUGCAAAACUGGAAAUAUUGUCAAUCGACUCGUGAAUUCCCGUCCGUACUACUGGCCUGCCACAUGGACUGAAAAUCGGACUGCUCCCCAUCUGGAAGAAGAUCAGUCUUGUAGUUGGACUGUGACUGUCCCGAAAGGAUAUUAUGCCAAGUUGAUCAUUAGUGGAAAGGCUAAUGACAAAAAUUCCAGCUUUCAAAUGAUUGAUGCGGCGGGAAAUUUGAUACAGACGACUCAUGAAGAAAUGGAACCGUAUUAUUUCCCGCCGUAUAAAUUCACUCUGGCGGUUUCAACGAAGGCAGUGGCUUCGUUUGCAUUCAAGAUUGAGUGGUUUCUUCUCCCCCAAGUUCAAGGAUCUGUGCAAGUCAGCGCAACCACCCGUCUCAUCAAUGCCACUUCCUCUACUUACUGUGAAUCUUAUGGAGGCAACGGUGGAGUCUCCCUUCUCCUGUUCCCAGAUAAUAGAACCCACUAUUAUUCUCUUCGAAGUGUUUUGGUAUUUCUUGGACACGAUUUGGAUGGAAAUUAUGUUUCAAAUCUCUACCUUCUCCACCAAACCCAUAAACAAUGGAUUUCAAAUGUCGAUAUUACUAUUGUAAAUCUGGAAGCUAGUGGUAAUGGAGACCUACUUUUGAUUCAAGAAGCGGAAAAAAUCAAAGAUGUGACGUAUACCGAACUGGUCCCUAUGCCAGGAUUUUUUGUGACGGUCACCAUAGAUAGUCGAGUGAAAAAGUCAGCAUUGAUUAUUGGAUACCAAGUAAAUCAGACAUUGGUAGAUGUUAAAAUGGAUGAUCCGUCGUCCACUGUUUCUAUCUAUUAUGGAUCUCCCUCCCCAUUCACACUGGAUAAGACUUAUAACCAAACCACGUUCAAUAAUGUUCUACCACUUGAAUUCGACAACUACGGUAUGGGCGUUAUUGAGUUUUUUGUGAAUGCCGGAAAAGCUGUGUUCACUUUCGAGUAUCAGUAA